UAGUUUGGUAAGUCCAAAGAUGAACCGUAGUUGUAUCACAAUCCUAUCUCUGUUGGUAAUUUCUCAACUAGCUUCAUCAAAAGUUUUGUUGAUAGGGAGAAACACAAUUCUCUCAUUCGAUGAUGUCGAAGCAACGUUCACUCCUAUUGUUGGAAGUUCGGGUGAAUGCGGAUUCUUGUACGCCGCAGAGCCUAUUGACGCGUGCUCGGAUUUGAAGAACACGGCCGAGAAAGGAUCUAACUAUAGGCGUUCUUAUGUAUUGAUCGAACGCGGUGGCUGUAGUUUUGAGGUAAAAGUUAGGAAGGCCCAAGAAGCUGGUUACAAAGCUGCUAUUGUCUAUAAUGAUGCAUAUGAUGAGGUCUUAGUACAUAUGGUAGGAAACUCGUCUGGUGUUGAUAUACAUGGUGUACUUGUUACAAGAGCGUCAGGAGAAGUGCUUAAAGGGUAUGCAGGUCGAACCGAGAUGGAGCUUUGGCUCAUCCCGGGAUUAGGGACUUCAUCGUGGUCAAUCUUGGCUAUUACUUUUGUAUCUUUGUUCAUCGUGACUGUUGUUCUCGCCACUUAUUUCUACGUCCGUAGGCGUCGAAGUGUGAUUAUUUUAUCUCGUGGUGGCCGAGGAUUUUCUUGCGUACCUUGUAAUUUGGUACAACGGAUACCGACUGAAGUGUUUUCGGGUGUUUUUGAAGUUGGUUCGACUUCAAUUACUUGUGCUAUAUGCAUUGAUGAUUAUUGUAUCGGCGACAAGCUCAGGAUCUUACCUUGCCAACACAAAUUCCAUGCUGUUUGUAUCGAUUCUUGGCUCGGUCGUUGGAGAUAUUUUUGUCCGGUUUGUAAACAUGAUGUAAGAGCAGCAAAGAGUGAUCCACCCGCAUCAGAACAGACACCUCUGCUUUCGACUAGCCUAAACACUUCAUUGCAAUCGUUACCUAUAACCAUCAGUCAAGACCCUCUCUCCCGUUCACCACAGCCACACACAGUUCCUAUGUGCCACGCGCAAGAUCUCAUGAACGCCUUUUACAAAAGAUUUACAAACAGAACAAGCCCAGUCAAUGCACCACCAAGCUAGGUUUGGACAUCAAGUAUGCUUAAGCAUUUGCCUCAGAGAUAGACAGGUCUUUCUCCUUUUUUUCCUUUGCUAACUCUCUUCCAGGCUGCUUAACUAAACCAUAGAAGCCAAGAUACUCCACAAGGCUUAAUAGUCUCCCACCAAGGUUUCCUCAAAGUUGCAAUGUGACACCACAUUUCAACCAGGUGAUAUAUACAGUGAAACCUGUUUUGUCUUAUCAUUUUCCUGAGUUUUAGUGAAGAAUAUUGAACAUGAGAUGAGUGAAUUUGGAAAGUAAGCAUCUUUGUAAAUCA